UUGAUGUUUUCUCUCCCUCUCCCGUUCCUUUCUGAACUCAAUAAAAAUAUUAUUUUAAAAAAAAUAUUCACUGAAUAAAUAGAUGCUGUCUCACCUUCCUUUUCAGCUGCAUCACCUUCAUGCCCUCCCCUUUCCCUCCAUAGCCAUGCUUUCUUUUUCACUGCACUUCUCCGGGAAAGCUCCUUACCUUUCAUGGGUGCCAUCUCCAAAUGUAGAUAGAAUGUAUAGUCAUCCAUGACAAACUUUGACAAGCCUUCUCUUUGAAGUGUGGUUGGCUGGUCCAUGCAGCUUAAUAAUUUCCAGGGCAUUUACAUCAUAUUCUGUUACAGUUCUUACCAGUCUUACCUUCAUUUGUUUAGGGCUCCCAGACGUGAGUUCUUUAAAGAGAGCAACUCUUUCACUCCCAUAUUUGUGUCUCCACAUCCUAGCCUGGUCAGGGAAUGCUUUCUUGAUUGCAUAAAGGGUCUGGGCAAGUCUGUUGUCUGUUACUUUAUACUGAGAGAGCUACCUGCAGACAAAGCCCAGCCCACAAGCCACAAAAUUAUUUUAAAAAGAAACAAAGUCAUAGUAAACUUUUAUAUUUUGUGAUCAAUGUGUUUGACAAAUAGGUGAGACAUGCAGCCUUUUAUACUCAGUACAAAGUAAGGAGCAAGAGAGUGGGGAAUUACCUGUCUGUUGCUAAAAGGAAUGAAUGGAAACAGUGAUAGUGUUUUGCAAAAUAAAUCAUCGCCAGUUUAUCUUUUAAUAAAUUCUCAUAGUUUGAGUUUGCUUAAGGAUAAUGUAUAUCUGCUUAUAUUAAAUAAUAAUAUACCUUUCCUUUUUACAUUUAUAAAAUUGGCAGUUUGAGGUAAAAAAAAAGUAUUCUAAUUUAUUGAAUCAUGAGUUUCAUUUCUAUAAUUUUAGAUGCUAAAAGCACUUUUGAAGAAACAUGCCCAUACUGUUUCCAGUUGCUGAUUCUGGAUAAUUCUCGAGUACGCCUCAAACCCAAGCCCAAACUGACACCAAGAAUACAGAAACUUCUUAAUCGAGAAGCAAGAAAUUGUACACUCAGUUUUAAAGAAGCAAAAAUUGUGAAAAAGUACAAAGACUCCAAAAGUGUACUGUUGAUUACUUGUAAAACAUGCAACAAAACAGUGAAACAUUAUGGAAAGAGCAGAAGCUUUCUGUCAGCACUGAGGAGCAAUCCUACCACUCCUGCGAGGAAACUCAGCCUGAAGACCCCAGAGAGAAAGUCUCUAGGUUCUGCAAACCUAAAUCACAGGGUGUCUGGUUCCAAAGGCAAGAGCCCAGCAUUGACUUUCAGAACACCUACAUCUGGACACUCAACACCCACUUGCUCCUCAAAAAAUGUGAACAAAACAAAGAAACACUUCUCUCAACUAAAAAUGUUACUUAGCCAGAGUGAAUCCAAAAAGAAUUCAAAGGUGGACUUCAGAAACUUCUUAUCUUCUUUGUAAAGGAUGAACUUAUGGAAAUAAGAAAUGUUUAAUGCAAUUUCUGAAACUAAAGUUACCAGAAAAACAGCUUUUUAAAAA